GGCAGGGACACAGUAGUGGAGACCACCUGGCUAAGGUCUUUCCCUGGAGAGCUGAGAACGGACGGCAGGAGGACAGGGCUGGGAGGAAUGGAGUUCAGGGUCAGGGCCACGGAGAAAGAGCAGAGAGGCUGGCACGGUCCGUGGCUCGGUGCCAGGCAGGCGAGGGGGAGGACUCAUUCAUCCAGGGCCAGCCCAGGAGUGGGACUGCGGAGCUGGCUGGUCGGCUCCGGCCCAGGCUCAAGACUGGGAGGGGAUUUCCUCAGGCUCCCUCCCCCGGUGCGGCUGCUGGAACCUGCCCCACGCAGUUAGUGACGGGAGGGGCCGGGGAGCGCCAUCAGGCAACAGCUUCAGGGCAGCAGAGGAGCCCCUUGGCCCAGGACGCCUGGAACGCGGGGUGCAGCCGGUCCUGCCUGGGCGCCCCCGGGCCUCCCGAGGGAAGGAGGGCCACUGGGAGGAUCCAUUAAAUAGGAUACCUGGCUGGGUAGCUCAGUCGGUUAGAAUGUCAUCCUGAUACCCCAAGGUUGUGGGUUCGAUCCCUAGUUGGGGCACAUACAAGAAACAACCGAUGAACACAUAACCACAGCGGAGGGGUUCCAAGGAAGAAGCUUCGCCAUGCAGCGGGCAUGCAGAGGCCUUAGGAGGCCGAGUGUCCUUACCUGAGCUGCCCUCACUAUCGAGCCAAGAGUGCUUUGCUUCAGGAAGAAGGAAAACUUUUGGAAAAGAGGGUGUAGGUAGGACCCAGGACAAUGGCUGCUGCUGGGGAUUUGCAGAUGGAGGAUGUGAAUGUGGGAAGAGACGUGGAAGAAGAGCUGGAGGAAGAGAAGAAAAUGAGAGAGGAUGGGGAAGGUAAAGAUCCCUUCAAGAAUAAGAAGGUCCACAAGAUGGUCUCAAAAUGGAUGCUUCCUGAACAUGCCCGAAGUAGAUACUUGGAGAGAGCUAACUGCCUCCCGCCCCCUGUGUUCAUCAUCUCUGUCAGCCUGGCUGAGCUGGCAGUGUUUAUUUACUAUGCUGUGUGGAAGCCUCAGAAACAGUGGAUCACCUUGGACACGGGCAUCUUGGAGAGUCCAUUUAUCUACAAUCCUAAGAAGAGGGAGGAGGCCUGGAGGUUUAUCUCAUACAUGCUGGUACAUGCUGGAGUUCAGCACAUCUUGGGGAAUCUUAUUAUGCAGCUCGCUUUGGGUAUUCCCUUGGAAAUGGUCCACAAAGGCCUCCGAGUGGGGCUGGUGUACCUGGCAGGAGUGAUUGCAGGAUCCCUUGCCAGCUCCAUCUUUGACCCACUCAAAUAUCUUGUGGGUGCUUCCGGAGGAGUCUACGCUCUGAUGGGAGGCUAUUUUAUGAAUGUUCUGGUGAAUUUUCGAGAAAUGAUUCCUGCCUUGGGAAUUUUCAGACUACUGAUCAUCAUCGUUAUAAUUGCGUUGGAUAUGGGAUUUGCUCUCUACAGACGGUUCUUUGUCCCUGCAAAUGGGUCGCCGGUGUCUUUUGCAGCUCACAUUGCAGGUGGAUUUGCUGGAAUGUCCAUAGGUUACACCGUGUUUAGCUGCUUUGAUAAGACACUGCUGAAAGAUCCACGGUUUUGGAUAUCAAUUGCAGCUUAUUUAGCUUGCGUCUUAUUUGCUGUGCUUUUCAACAUUUUCCUAUCUCCAGCAAACUGACCUGCCCUAAUAGAAGCCAAUUAAUAAAAAGAGCCAUCUGGGGAAAAACUGGAGAACUCUAUGAAGAAACAGAGAAGCCCCAGCAAAUUUUCAAAGAAGGAAAAACACCAGUGAAGUGAUCAGUUGCAAGGACUUCCAACAAAAGGGUUUAGGUUUUAAGGAAGGGGCUUCUAAAUACAAGGGGAGGGAAGAGGAAGAGAAAAGGGAAGUGAGGACUAGAAAUUUGGUCUUUCCCAGGCAUAUGGUGUGCAUGCAUGUAUCCUCUAAAAGAGACUUGUUCUUCGAGGAUAUAUUAUAGAGAUGGCUUGCUAGAACCAAGAACACUGUACUAUGCUGAUAAUAAAAACUUUUCAUACCUGUG